CCUUUAAUAAUCCUCCAGUGUCCUGUGGGUUUUCCCCGGGUGCUCCGGUUUCCUCCCACAAACAAAAAAAUACAAAUAUAAUCUAUAUAAAUAAUGUAAAUAUAAUCUAUAAAUAAAUAAAAAUGUAUAUAUAAAUCUAUUUUAUACAUAAAUCUAUAAAUAAAAAUUCUAAUCUUUAAUAAAUCGUGAUCUGCAUUAUUUAUUAAUGCCAUACAUGCAUUUUGAAUAAACAUUCAUUAUUAAGAAAAACCAUGAAAUUACCAUGAAACAACAGCACAGCGUUACUUUCACUAAGUGUCUGCUCACAAUAAAGGAAAUGUUGCCUUGGUAAAAGAUAGGAGGUAAGCAUCUCCCCACAUACUCUUUCAUUCAUUCUCAUCCUCAAUGAUCCUUCAACAAGAUUGGACGGCUGAGGAUGCUAGUACAUUCGUGACUCCCUCUUUACUCCACGGUAUUGGUGGCUCCAUCUCCAUCAAAUUUUUCUAUUACUCUGAGUUUCUGGCCCAGGAGAAACGAGGAGAGCAUCUGAGCUGGCUCUGCAUGUUCUGGAUGAUCGGUGGGAUCUACGCCUCCGCCAUGGCCUGGGCCAUCAUCCCACACUACAGCUGGAGUUUCCAAAAGGGCUCGGCCUAUCAGUUCCACAGCUGGCGUGUCUUUGUGUUGGUGUGUGCCCUACCCUCUGUGGCAGCCAUCUCUGCCCUCACCACCAUGCCUGAGAGCCCCCGCUUCUACCUGGAGGUCAGCCUGUCAGCUCUCGCCACACUCAGUCCUUGUGGAAAUAUUAGUUGAAAAUACGUUGCCUUCUUGACUGCAAUAACAGCCUUGAAAAAAGAAUGGAUCACUUGCCAAGUGGAAGAUGCUGUGCUGCAGACAAAGUGCUGCUUACACACUUUUCCAGAAUAUUUUAAAUAAAUAAAUAAAUAAAUAAAUAUGUUCAUGUAUACAUAUAUACAUACUGGAGCAGGCAAAACAAGCUACUUUUUAUUCAGCGUAUCUUGAAUACUGACACACGAAAAAAUGAACAGAAAAGUGUGGUGGGACAAGAAUGGACCAGAAUCAAAGUUCAGUGAAAACCCACUAAGGUGGGUGCUUUAUUUUUCUUGGUGCAGCAAAGCAGUGAGUGCAGCGGUGUAGGCCCCUCGUGGCGUGGCUGGUGUGUCGGGUUGGGUCAGGUCUUGGGGAAAUCAGCUGGGUAGGCGAGGUGUAGUAGAGGGGCUCAUCGGUGAAGUGGUUCAGGGAGAGAGCAGGAGACUGGCAGGAGUUCCAGUACAGCCGGGGGGGUCAUUCGGCUCCAGUCCUCCUUGUGUUUGGUUUAUGGGCCUUCUGUGUGCAGAAAAUAAAGCAGUGGUUAGCUGGAGAGGCGAACACAGACUCACUUUCCUCGCUCGGUGUGGCUCCUUUUGUCCUGGCCUGACGAGAGGGCAAACGGGAGGCAGCCUGAGGUGGUAAUUAGUGAUUGCCAGCCGUGCCUUGUUGUCGCCUACUGCUUGGCCAUGUGCUUGGGUUGAGGAACACAAUAGGAGGCAGCUCUCCACCAGCCAUGUCCUCUAGAGGGUGCUGAAGCGACCUUUGAAGGUGUGUACCCGGCAUGGCAACGGUUCAAGUGCCAUUUGGCCACAAAAGUUAGAGAUAAUACACAAGAUGUUUUAAUUUGAUUCUUAUUGAUAAUGUUUUUGAAAUGUUCAAUUCAUGAAGGAAUCUUUCACAGCUCAUAUACAGUAUGACAUCUAGUGCAGUGGUGAUUUUUGCAGUCUAAGAUCAUUACCAUCCCCAUAUCCCCCACAGUCUGUUUAUGUGCUCAUUUAUUCAUGUAUUCACUGGUUUAUACAAACAGAAACUCUUAUUUCUGUUGUAUUGUACCAAAUGUUCCUGCAUGGUUUUUAUUGUUUUUGGUUUAACUUUGAUGUUUUAAGACCCCUGUUGUCACCCACCCACACUUCCUUUGAUACUCACCGACAUCAGCAGCUGGUUGCAGAGAUCCAGAGAAAAAAAUCUGCAAAUUUGUAUGAAAUAGUAAAUUUUUUAAUAUUUCGACAUAAAAGUACAUCAUACAUUUAAUUUAGUCCAGGUUUUUAUUGCAAGAUCACUGGUUUAAGUCUCACAAUGUAAUUGAACCAAUCUGUGCAUAAGAAUGUAUGUAUGUAUGUAUACACUGACGUGUCUUUGAGCCUUAAAGGAGUAGUUAAAAUGUUUGAGAAGACUGAUACCUCUCUUCUGUAUGUAGGGUGUAGG